AUUUUUAACCAAUUUGUUUACGCCUAUGCCAAAGUGGUGGGUACUAGGUGCACUUUUAAGAUUUCGUCGCGCACAGCGCCGUAGACGCAAUUUCAGUUUUUGCUUUAAGGGUCUAUCCGUAUAUAAAUCAAACAAACCCGUGCGGGCUCCUUCUAAAUAUUUUUUUUUUUUUUUGGGGGGGGGGCUAUAACAUGUAUUGGAGGGGUUUGGCAUUAGUACCUAUGUGCAACUCUGAAAACACGGCAUAACUCCGCUCGGAAUCUAAAAUGAAUUGUUUAAAUCGUAUUGAAACUACGACACAACCAUACAAUGUUUUGUAACACAAUUUUUUGUUUGUUUGACCGGGAAACUGUAACUAUAGACAAUAUUAAUAAUACGCAUGGAUGAAAAAACUAAUGUAAAUGGUCCUUCAUGAUAUGGCCCAAACGCAUAGUUCUUUCUCUCGCGCGCGACUACCUCGUCCACGGGUUUCUCUCUCUAAGCGCUGUUCAUUAGUUAAUAGGUCUAUGCUUAUAUCUGUUAUAAGUCAAUACUUGCGUACCCUAAAACGGUUUGAAUAAUUUCAUGGUAUAACAAGGUUAAAAUUAAUCGAAAUAUUUUGAAAAUUACAUUACCCUACCUUUAUAUAAUUUUAAUUAAGGAAAUAGUAGAAUGUUUCAGGUUUUUAUGAUUAACAAAUGAUAAAUCUACUAACGUUAUUUAGUACGUCUUAUCUAAUAUUCUCAACAUUUGAACUUCACACGUUAGAAAAAUUGCAUUAAUUGUUUUCUUUUUCCUGUAAAACCAGUUUUAUAUAAUGUUACAAGUGCUUGCUACUCGAUAUUUUUCCUCUGAAAGAAAAAUCUAUGAACCAUUAAUGUGUAUUUAUUAAUAAGUUACAACCAUGACAAUGAAAAACUUACGAAAUAUCGGUCAGAAAUCUAAGAUGUGUCAACCAGACCAAAAACAUAUUAUUUAUGACCACGUAAGUAUUUUCUAUAUUUUUCAAAUGAGAACAUCUUAUGAGGAACCUUGUAAUUCAAUAUCAAACGUUUUCAAUCAGAAAUAUAAAAUUUUACUCCUAAAUUAAAAAAAAAAUAAAGUAGGGGACUUAUAUUAUUUAAGCAGUGUUUAACUACUAAGUAGAUAGAAGCAUUGGUAACCACUUCAAUUCACGUAUCUAUGCUUUAAAAACUGAAUAUGUAUGUACUAUAAACGUUCAAAUUUCAAUGUUGAUAUUAUAAUAUGUAGUUUAACAAAAAAUAUUCUGUUUCGGGAAGUGAAAUAAGCAAUGUUUAUUCAGUAACAAUAAACAUGUGGUGGAGACUAUACGCAUUUUCAAACAUAUUAUUAUGAAUAGUAAAAUUGUUAUUAUACGUGGCCUUAUACGGUAGGUUGAAAUAAUUUAAAAAAAAUUUAAAAAAAACAACCUGGUGUGACUAUAAGCUCGCCAGAAGUGAAUACGGGAAUGAUAGAGGCGGUAAUGGUUUAAUUAUUCGAUAAAAUACAAACUUAACAUAUUAUUAUAUUAAUAUAUUUUUUUGAUGUGCGGUAGAAACGUUGUUACCGUAUACCAUAGUACACCUAGUUCGUUCUUGUGCAUUUUAUAAUGGAUAUAAUAGAAAUAAUUGAAAUAAUAAGAGGUAGUAAAAAAAAUAAAAAAUCAUAUUUAAAAAUUUAUUAUUUGUUAAACAAAACGUGUUAAAUUGGGGAUACGUUGGAAUUGUAUAAAAAAAUCUAAAAAUAAUGAAAAUAUUUAUCAAUAAAAUAUUACAACCGAUGACAGUAUUAAAGUUAUUGUUUCUACAACUGACCAUAAUAACCAUAGAGCCUGCCUAGUUGAAGUUGAAGUAAUAAAAACGUUAUCAUCAAUGAAAAAUAAUGCAAAAAAUCAUUCUGAGCCGCCUUCUAUUAUAUUUUCCAAAGCUACAAUAAAUAUAUCUAACGAAGCAAAGUUGUUAAUGCCGGCCGAAAACUGUGUAAAAAGAAGUUUAAGAAGAAUUAAAAAUGCAUCUUAUUCAUCCUUAUCAGUAAAUGAGUUGAAAGUGACUGGUAUAUGGGUUGUUACAGGAGGUGAAAAUCUUCAGCCAUUUUUAUUAUAUGACAAUGAAAAUAAUGAAAAUAGAAUUAUAAUAUUUUCAUCUCCUGAAAGUUUGGAAGUAUUAAAAACUUCAAAAAUUGGUAUAUGGAUGGAACAUUUUCAACUGCACCUACAGGCUUUAACCAAGUUUACAUUAUUCAUGUUAAAAUGGGCUCUGUUACAAUUCCUUUGGUGUACAUACUUCUUCAAAAUAAAACAAAACAGACUUAUACCGAAAUGCUUUCCGUCAUUUGUGCAAAAUAUCCAAAUUGUAAAAUGGUACAAAUAACAAUAGACUUUGAGAAAGCUGUCGUUCUUGCAAUUGAAAAAGUACUACCAAAAGUAAAAAUUCACUGUUGCUAUUUUCACCUGUGUCAAUCAGUAUGGCGUAAAAUCCAAGAGUAUGGGCUAGUCAAAAAAUAUAAAGACAAACAGUUCCAACGAGAUGUCGCAAUGAUAACUGGUCUUGCAUUUUUACCGGUCAAUUAUGUCAAAAAAGGUAUGGACAUUUUAUAUGAAAAAUUUCAAAACCAAGAUGCUGAUCAAAUUCUUACGUACUUUGAUACAACUUAUGUUAACGGUCGUUAUAGAAAUAAAAAAAACGUAGAAUUAAAGUACAUUCUUACCAGAACAGCUCCGUUAUUUCCACCUUCCAUAUGGAACGUGUUUGAGUUGACUAAAGCUGGUAUAGGUAGAACAAACAAUAUUUCGGAAGGGUGGAAUAAUAAAUUUACAACACUAGUGCGGAUUAAUCAUCUAAAUAUUUGGCUUUUUAUUGAAGCUUUACAGAUGAGCUAAAAGAUGAACUCAAGUGCAUCAAUCAAAAUUUUAAAUUAUAGAGUAGGAGCUUUUCGUAAUAAUUUAGAUAAAGAUGA